AUGAAAACCAAGCUUUUUGGUGAUAAUUCUCAAUUUGAAGUCGAUUUAUCGAAAUAGAUUUUUUAGAAUCCAUAUAGCCAAAUUUAUGAAUGUAAAAAUAUUGUAUCCCCUUUGAAUCUAUGUUACGCAAAAGUAAAAUUAUUUCUCUAAAUAAGUAUUCUUCAACAAAUAGUUAUUAAAAAUUAGAUGAAAAACUAGUUUAAUCUGCAUAUAAUAUGGCCAGUUAAACAUAAUACUUAGUUAAAAUUUAUCAUGUCGAAUAAAUUCCUUUUGAAUCAUAAUUUAUUAUUAUAAUGGAGAAAUGUGGAGAGUCCUUGGAAUAAUAGACUGAAUUAUAUAAUGAUUAUAAGAUAAGGAUAUUUAUGAAAUAAAUUUUGAGUGGAUACUAAAUUUUAUUGCAUAAUUAACAUAGCCUUUAAGAGAAACUUGGUCAUGGAAGAAUAAAUCCAAACAAUAUCUUUGUAAAAAAGUUUAAUGGUUCUCCUUAGUAUAAAUUAGGAGAUUUUUUAUCAAAGUUUACUUCUGCUAAUAAUACAAAUUUUGGGUAUGUGGCCCCAGAACAUUUCCCAAAUUAAGAAGAAGUGACAAUACAAAAAAAUAAAGGAAAAAUUGAUUAAGUCGUUUCAGAUAUUUAUUCUGUAUUAUUUAUUUAGUUCAAUAUUAGCUUGGAAUGGUUUUAAUAAAAUUGAUUAUGGGUAAACUUCCAUUUAAAAACGAUUAUGAUGAUACGAUUUAAUUUAUCAAUCAUAUUAAAAAGGAACCCUUUUAGAUUGGGCCUAUUUCAGGAAUUAGUGAAUAAAUUAUUAAUUUAAUUGAAAAAAUGAUACUUUAUGAUCCUGAAAAAAGAAUAACUUUGGAUAAUUUAUAAGAUGAAUUUAAUAAAAGUACCAGAUUUUCAACAAUAAUAAAACCCAAAUCGUAACUCAAAUUAUUUUUUUCCACUAAUAAUGUAAAUAGGUAAGAUGAUAGAAGGUAUAUGGCUUAAACGGUUUAACCUAUUUAACAUUAAUAAUUUAUUUAAAUUUAAUAAUAAUAGGCGAGNUAAUUUUGUGAAUCUACAUAAUUGAUAUAAAUUAAGUAAUACGAUUAAUUUAGAGGAUCAAGUUUCUUCUUCAUCUUAAUUGAUUCAUAAAUGAAUUCUUUAACAGUGUUCAAAAUGAUAUGA